CUGCCUGGAUUUUAGUUUCCAUUGCUGAGAGAGGACAGCAUCGUCUUGCAGAGAACAUAGUUGCUGCGCUUUCAGAGGGGGUUUAGAGGGGGUACACUGACAGGAUCCGGCUCUUAGGUGCUCCAGGAUGUGCUCCGAUAUGAGAAUGGGUGGUGUUUUCUGUCCGUGUGCGUCCACAGGAUCGGGGGCUCCGUGCAGACUCAGAAAAUAAGUCGACUGCAUACAUAAAUACAUUUUCACAGCUGGAGAAUUGAUCUGCGAUUAAAGCAUUUCAGGGUUUUUUUUUCUUUAUAUUUUUUUUUUCUUUUUUUAAUUUUGCAAGUAUCACCGGAAUGCAGUGGAGCAACCGAGGGUAGGUGAUCCAUGAACCUGGGCAGCGAUCCUCACCUUCUGGGCUGGAGAAGAGCCAGCAGGUCGUGCCAGGAUCGGCUGUUUGAAGACCAAUAAAGGGGAAUAUUCUAAGGGAUCUCUCCCGCAUGGGAUAAGACAAGAUGUGGGGACAAAGAGUGGAUCAAACCGACCCCAUCACCAUCGCCGCGACGGUGGCCGGGAUGACGGGACGCGACACGAGGGUUUAGGUCUCUGGACUUCUAAAUGUCCCGUCUCCCUUUAAAGAAAGGUGAGAUAGAGGCACAUAAACACUCUGACCUCCACCUGUGUCCACCGACAUGGAUAAACUUACCGUGAUAUCAGGAUGCCUCUUCCUCGCUGCGGACAUCUUCGCCAUCGUCAGCAUCGCCAACCCGGACUGGAUCAACACCGGAGAAUCAGCUGGCUCUCUGACUGUGGGCCUGGUUCGGCAGUGCCAGACCAUCCAUGGUCGAGACCGGACCUGCAUCCCGCCGCAGCUGCCCCCGGAGUGGAUCACCACGCUCUUCUUCAUCAUACUGGGCAUCAUCUCCCUCACGGUCACCUGUGGUCUACUGGUGAUGUCACACUGGCACCGCGAGGCCACCCGAUACGCCCGAUGGAUCGCCUUCACAGGGAUGGUCCUGUUUUGUAUGGCUGCUCUCAUAUUUCCAAUCGGGUUCUACAUCAACGAGGUUGGAGGACAGCCCUAUAAGCUGCCCAACAACACAGUGGUGGGCUCCUCCUACGUCCUCUUCGUUCUAUCCAUAUUCUUCACCAUAGUGGGUCUGCUGUUUGCUGGGAAGGUGUGCCUGCCUGGCUGACAUAACCUAUUCCUUUUUUUUCCCUAUCUCUGGAGAAACACUACCACUGGAGACAAACUUCAUUAGAACUGACUUCGCCGUGGGAGUGUUGGAAGUAUCGUAGAAGUGCAACAAAACAGAGAAGCUCCUGAGUUUUUGGGAUGAAUUGUCACGACGCUUGUAGCUUGUAGCCGAAAUAGGUGCGAUCCGUCUGUCCAUCUGCUUGUUCAGAGAACGAGCUGGAUCAGAGAGCUCUGAAAUAGCCCUCAUCCUCGCCUGAACAGUGAGUGUGAAGUGGCAAACAGAUAAGAGAAUACUGAAACAAACAAAAAUGAUGACAACAGAUUAAAACAUCAGGACUUUCAAGGGGAGCCCUGUGGUGUUAUCUGUCAUCAUAAGAAUUAAUGACAGAUGACAGACAGCAAACAAGCCUCACUCUUCUGAUCAAACUAACUAAGAUGCAUAUAUUGAGAUUAAACUGAUGAGUCAGGCCUGAUAUUGGCCAGUCACCUCCAUUAUAAUGGAGGUUCUUCCGUGACCACAGCUCCAUGGAACAAUCUGUAAUAUAUACAAAGAAGUUUCAUUUUCUUGACACAUUUUAUUUAUUUGUUUAAUUGUUCUGUUACUUCUUUUGUAAAGGUAUCUUUUAUUAUAUGGCCUCAUGUAUCCCAGAGUUUUGCUGCCAUUAACGUGUGUGGUGGAUCACCUUGCCUUAAUGAGCUGUUAACCUUAAAACAACAACGAUAUUAUUGAGUUUUAGUUGAAGGUUUUAGAGUCAUGGCAUCAAAUCUAAAAAAUUCUGGACUUGUGAGACUAGAAUAUAAAUUGGGCUGUCAGCACCGUAUGUAAAAAAAAAAAAAAAAAAAACAACUGGUCUUGGACAAUGUUCAGAAACUCGUCGCUCUUUUUUUAUGUUAAACUAAAGCUUCAGGAUCAGAAUUGAGCGCCAGAGAAAGACCGACAUCAACAGGUCUCUGUUACAGCUUUGCUACUUUUAGUGAUGUAGUGAAUGUAUUAUUCACCUUUUUGAGCAUUUCCCAUUGUUUAAACACUGUAUCAAGAAAUGACUGAUUCUUUGACUAGUUUGUUUUAUACAGUUGGGACGUUGACGCCUACUUCAUCUCUGUAUAAAUGAACAGACAGCCCGUCUGUGUCAUUUUCUAGAAGCACUGUGAUGUUUGUGAAUGAGCAUGGAAGAUCUCAUCUCAUUA